CAUGCUUCAUCCUCAAUAUGUGCAAUACUGUAGUGGUAGGAUUGAUAAUUUUUUCGGGGGACUUCAGCAAAGAAUUCGGUAGUGAGAAGGCAAGUGACAUCCUAGAAGCAUUCCUUGCUGUAAGAAAAUUAGGAGUUGUGGUGGCCGCCAUCUUGAUGGUGUUGUUUGGUUACCGCGUGGUCGGAAUCUUUGGCUGUAUAAUGUACGGUGGAGGACUGUUUGUGGCGUCCUGGCUAGAUAAAGAUCAGGAAGACUUUGCUGCCUUUCUUUUAGGAGGACUGGCAGGGAAGCCAUUGCCAAUAAAUCAAUACGAGGAGUUACUUGACAAUGUGAAAAUUGAAGAUAAAAACACGGAGAUACUAGCCCCUGUGAUACCGUACCUUGGCGAACUUGCUGGCCUGUUUCUGAUGAUUUGCUGCUGCUGCUGGCAGGAACGGGAAGUAGGAACCGUACUCAUUGUCGUUGGUGUGCUCAACAUUGUAGCAGGAGUACUGGGCUGUAUCGCUCCGUCACUCGAGACAUUCGCACUGGUAGCAGCAUUCGGAGCAUUGUUUGGUUUCAGCAAAGGAGUAUUCAACUCGCUGCUAGACAACACAAUACCGGAUGCGUUUGGUAAAGGUCACGUCCGUAUCGUGGAGGGAUUAUUCGGAUUGUUUGCUGGGUUCGCUGAAUUAGUUAUAGACCCUGCAGAAGAGGAUAUCUUGGAUAUAGAUAAGAAGGAUCCAUGGAAGUUCUCCUUCUACAUUGGGGGAGGACUGGUCAUCGCCUCGGGUAUAGGAGCCUUCUUGACACGAUUUAAAAAGCCGAAGGACUAUAGAUAGAUUGUGUGUCAUGUCUGACAAAAUAAAUGAUCGGAAGUGUUAGAUGCCUGUUUAAAGAAUAUUAUGAACAUGGAGAAGAUGACAUGAUAAAAUCUAGAUUACUGAUUGGAUAGCCACAUGACUAUACCAGGUAUGAAAUAUAUUCUGCCUGUCAAUAGAGUUUUCCGUGGUACGUUGUAUAAUAUACUAAGCACAUAAUUACCUUCUGUCGAGGGCUACUUAGACUCCUUUCGUUACCAUGUUUUUUUUCACUUUAGUGACUUAAGUUACAUACUCAUUUUGAAAAUAUACAGUAUAUAUACCAAUAUUAUAUUUAGGAUGUAGCUGAUGUAUUAACAUUUAUUCUUAUCGGAAUAGGUUUUUUGUGUGUUUUUUUAUACAUAUUUGAUGAACUUUCUGAUUUGCUUAUAGUUCAGGAGAGUUCACGUAGACUGUAGAAUUACCUCAUAGUAGAAGAACAGUAUAUCUUCAUUAAAUCCGAUGGUUGACGCAUUAUACGAAUAAUUAUACGAGAAGCAUGACUAAGCAACUACAAUUUAGAAACCUGUUAUAUGUCCAGUGUUUUUUUAUAUUAACAUAUAGUAUAUUUUGUAUUCAAUAUAUGUACGCUAAUGACUACUGCCUAUGCUGACUAUGAUCAAUAAAAGUUAUGUGUAUUUUUAUGA